AAUAAAUGGUACUCACAAUAUUCUCAAGUACCAUAAUUCAAACUCAAAUCUCAAUUGGUUUCUCUUAAUUCAAUUCAAUUCAAUCCAAUCUACACUUCCAUGGUUCCAGCUGAAUUGCAGAUACUGCAGAAACCUCGAGUAACAGAGGUACAUGUUCGAAUGGACUGUCAAGGAUGCGUGCAGAAGAUCAAGAAAGCACUCUCCGGCAUCAAUGGUAUAUAUGAUCUAUAUAUUGAUUACCCCCAACAGAAGAUAACAAUCAUAGGUUGGGCAGAUCCAGAAAAGAUUCUCAAGGCAAUCAAGAAGACAAGGAAAAUUGCCACCAUUUCCAAUAUAGAUCUUCCAACCGAUGUGCCGCAACCACCACCACAAGAAGAAGCAGAACCAACACAACAACCAGAACCUGAAGCAAAUUCAGAAAAGGCACCUGAACCAGCACAAGAAGAAGCACCACCACUACCAGAGGAACCCCUGAAAGGCGAACCACCAACCAAGGUAACAUCACCAAGACCUCCAGAGAAUAAUAAUGAAUGUCAUUGCCAGAAUCCACCACCUAGCACCCCGGAAACUAGAGAUGUUGGAGAGGUUCAUGUGAUGCACCAACAUCACCCAUAUAACUAUGUGAACAGAUAUGAUUUUGGCCAUAACUAUGUAGGAUAUUCGGAUAGAUUUCAAUACCAGAAUAGGAAUAUGCCAAUGUUUCUAGGAGAGCGACCCCAACAUGUUCAUGUGACACAUAGCUACAAUGCUUAUAGGCCAUCACCUUAUGUCACUGAAUAUGAGUAUGUUAGGUCACCACCAAGGUACAGACAUUAUAAUAGGAUGGAAUACUACACUACUAGAGACUACAAUCACUCCUACUACAAUGGCAAUGGAAAUGGAAACAUCACAUCCAUGUUCAGUGAUGAGAACCCAAAUUCAUGUAGGAUAGUGUAGGAGAAGAACAUUAAGGUUGUUCUUGGUAAGUGUUUCAACUUUCAAGACAAAAAUAAUAUUGUGACUUGAGACGAUGCCAUCAAGUUUUUCAUGGCAAUUCGGCAAAACAACAAAAUUUGAGCUCAGAAAACAAAAAUAUGGGAUAAAGUAUGUUUUUUGUCUCAUAUUUGUAUUUUUUUUUCCAAAAAGACCUAUAACGUUUAAUUUCAUUCAAUUUUGUCUCUAACGUUUUUAAUGUGUCAAAAUUGUCCCUGAAUAUUAACUUCAUCUAAAAUGUUAGGGAUAAAAUUGAAAACAUCCAGGAAUAGUUUUGACACAAAUAAAAAACAUUAGGGACCAAGUUGAAUGAUCUGAAAACGUUAGGAAUAAAAUUGAAUGAAAUUAAAUGUCAGAGAUAAUUUUAAAGAAAAUCAUAAACAUUAAGGACAAAAAGUAUACUUUACCAAAAAAUAAUGUAUUUUUGGUUUUGCAAGUGAGGGAUGAAAACAAGAAUCAGAUUCUCAUCUUUUGGGUGUGCCAGAAGAACUGAUUCUAGAUUCCUUUCCCCAGAGAAAACAAUGCAUGCUACCUUAUUUUUCAUAAAACAAAACGUAAGCAUAUAUUCACAAAGAUAUUAUUGAUGACUUGCAGUACUAUUCCCAUAGUCCCAUGGUUUUCCUUAUUUGAAAACUUUAUCUUUGCAAAUCCUAGAAAUGAGAACAUGCUCAACAAGUAGAAUACUAGAUUCCUAGUGAAUUCUAAGUCUAGAAUGAUGAUGAUUGCUAUCCCUACUGAAUCCAUUCAGUUAAUAUAUUGCAUCAUUCUGGUUCUAUGGGUAAGCAUAAUCAUGCUUGUGAUGCCGUAAAAUGCAUCAAAUAGAAAAGGGCCAUACUAAAAUCUUCAGAUAAAAAUGAUUAUAGUUCAAUGAAAUAAAUUUCUGCACUGUUUCUCACCCUUUAAUUUCU